AUGUUCUACCCAUCAGUCGCCGAUGAAGGAAGCUCCUUCGAUGACUUUUUCAACGAAGAUAUGUACCAACAUGACGGUAGCGAUGAGGACACCAAAACUCCGUUCGACGAGUUUCAAGACCUCUUUAACGAUUCCUUCAACCAGGACGAAUUCAAACUGCCAACGCUGGAUACCUCUGCAACGAAGCGCGGACACUCGCCCCAACCGUGGCGACAGGGAGUCUGGUGCUUGAAGCAAAGACAGCAACCUCCCAAAUUGACGGUGGAGAAAACUCGGAGACUCGACACAAAGCGAGCAGAACCCACACAAACAAUGAACAACCUCAAUCAUCACUUUCACCAUGCGCUUGGACCGAUGUCGCUACUUGAGAUCACCUCUCCCAGUCGGACAAAGAGAUUCGUGACCUCGCCUGCCGCUGGUGGAUAUGACCCAACGACAUAUGUGCGGCUUCCGUUCUCUCGCGAAACCACUCUAUCCCCAAGUCCAAUGUAUGCGCAACUACCGAUUUCACCUCGGCCCGGCCAUGCCGACACGAGCAAUUGGCAGCAGGAUCUCCAAGAUUUCCACUUGCGCAUGCCUCAUGAUCGUCAGUUCCAUGCGCAGUCAAACCCAGGAAAGCAAGGGACACAGGCGCAACUGGCGCGCAACAUGAAUGCUGCCAUAAUGGCGCAUAAUCAGGGUGUCAACGGUCUCACUCCGGGGUAUGUUGAUACCUAUAGCGGGACAGGCUAUGCGGGAGCAGGCGCCAUUGACCCUCUGCUGCUCAGUCCGCAACAUGGGAAGCCUCGGGAAGGCCAUGGUUUCAAUCACGACUGUCAGGAUCGUCUCACCACACAUGCGCUCAGCUCAAUGCCAUCUCCGAUCAGUGCGAGCCUGCCAUCAUCAAACAGUUCGAUCCACUCGCAAGCGGCAAGGACCCAUACCUCGAACACCAGUCUUAGUAUCCAAUCUUCGCAGCCGGUCUUUUGGCCGCCGACGCUGGCUGCCGCUCACCCGCCUCUCCCAUCAUUGGCACCGGAGGAGACUUACCCUGCACUAGCAGCUCCGACUCCGCAGCGCAUGCCUCACCCAAUUCUGCAUCAACGAAGCGACAAGCCAGCGACGGGACUGGGAAUACUGUCCCCUGAGCUGGAGCAGAUGAGUCAGGCAGUACUAUACGAGCCGCAGCAUUAUCUGCCACCGAAUUGCGCACCCAUUGGUGUUGCAGUGCCAUACCCUGCAGCAACAACAGCACCCAGUUUCAUGUGUUCAUAUCCGCCUCUUCCACCACCUCCAACACAGAUGUUUUCUGACUUGUCUCCAUUCACCACUCCCCGCAAACAACGAAGGUCACCGUCCCGUUCACCCUCGCCGCCAAUAUCACCAGCAACAAUCAGUCCGCGCCGCAAUCCUCGGCGUUCGCCAAACCGGAGCGUGACUGACUACAGCCAGAACCGCAGGAAAGCGAUCCACAAAUCAGGGCCGAUCAAAGACAACUCAGCACAGGAACCUUUCCCAACGGAACGGGCCAGAUCAUCAUCGCGACCUCCUCGGACACCAAAGGCACCCAAACCGGCGACGGGUGGUGGCGCCGUGAUUGAUUUCGUCAAUUUUACGCCGAAAGACGCGUCGAAGCUGCUGAACGAUGUGGCGCCCAGCGGCAGUUCCAAGACGAGGGCUAGAAGAGAGCAAGAGGCGAGAGACAAGCGGAAGAAGCUGAGCGAAGCGGCGAAGAAGGCUGUGAUGGUUGCUGGUGGCGACGUUGCCGCAUUUGAGAGGGCGAUUUUCACCUAA